GACUUCGAAGGAAGAUGUUACGAACUUUUCAAAACGGUUUACGCAAGAUAAGCACUGAUCGAAUGGCUGCAACAACGAAGCUAAACGAACUCUUCCAUCGUGGAGUGGAAGCAGUUACACCAAAGUCCCUGUUCCAAAAAUGUAGUUCGAUAAAGGAGCUCGAGCAAAGCUUCGUCCACAACAAGCGCUACCAUGUAGUCGGUUUCGGCAAGGCCGUACUUGGAAUGGCCGUUCAGAUGGAAAAACUACUCGGUCCAAGGCUACACAGUGGCUGCAUCAGUAUACCGGUCGGAACCACCGAUCGGUUCGACGGUAAUCCAGAUUUUCGCCUGUCGCCAAACAGCGUAAUAGAGGUGAUCGAGUGCGCACCUAAUAACCUACCGGAUGAGAGGGCUUUAAACGCCGCGAAGAAAAUUCAAUCCGUUGCGCUCAGCAUGACCGAACGCGAUGUACUUUGCGUGCUAGUUUCUGGCGGUGGUUCAGCAUUGCUGUGUGUUCCGAAAGAUCCGAUUACGUUGGCAGAAAAGCUGGCUAUUAUAAAAUCCCUCGCUGCAUCCGGCGCAUCAAUCGAUGAGUUGAAUUAUGUUAGAAUAGCAAUAUCAGAUGUGAAGGGCGGUAAGCUUGCCGCGGCCGCAAAAGAUGCGUUUCGGCUGUACUCGUACAUAAUCUCGGAUAUUGUUGGUGACCCACUGGCACUGAUUGCCAGUGGCCCCACGAUCUUCGACGGCAAAGCGGUUGUAAAAGAGCAAGCUACAAAAAUACUACUUAAUUAUGGUCUUUGGAACAGUUUGCCUGUGUCCGUUGUGAACGUGCUGCAAGAGACUGUUCCGUUGGAGGCCCUCUCCAUUCCUGGGUCUGUAUUUUUAUUGGGCAAUAAUUCAGUAGCCUUGGAGUGUAUAGAACAACAAGCCAAAUGCCAAGGCCUGAGGUGCAUUGUACUGUCGAAAAUGGUUCAAGGAAAUGUACGCAUAGUCAGCAGAAUGUACGUCGAGUUGGCUGAUCUUGUUUAUCAAUUCAAAUCAAAUUCGAUUUCCGAAUGUACAAUGAAAGACAAGAUAAGCAGCAUGUUUCAAACAUUUAACUUUCCCGACCUGCAGCAGGAAAAGUUCGUGACAAUGGUUAUCGAGAGCAAAGCAGAAAAUCUGCUAAUUAUUGGGGCAGGUGAAACGACCGUUUGUGUUGAGGGCGACGGGCUAGGGGGACGUAACCAGGAACUUGCGCUCCGGUUUUCGUACGGCAUCAGACGAUUGCGCGACAUUCCUGAAGGCGUAGCCUUUUUAUCAGCCGGUACCGAUGGUAUCGAUGGUCCAACGGAUGUUGCCGGGGCUAUUGGAGGUGCCUUCGUCGCUAGAGAGUAUGAGGCAUCGCACCCGACGAAGGAUGGACUGAGUUUGGCUGAGCAUAAUGAUUCGUAUCGCUUCUACGAAUCACUGGCCGGUGGUAAAUAUUUCGUAAAAACCGGCCACACGGGCACUAACGUAAUGGAUGUGCACUUACUACUGAUUGAGACGAAAACUUAGAACCAGCUAUUCCGGCGAACUGCGAAGGACGUGUGAUAAACUAAAUAAGUCUUUUUCAAAAAAUGUUGACCAACAGAACACCU